AGCAUUGAUUCUACAUUUUUAGUUUUAUCUUCAUGUUCUUUAUUUUACCUUUUGAUGCUUUCUUUGCCUUGUUGUCUUUGCCAUCCAUUGCUUCUUCUUUUUUUCCUCCGUUACAAAGACUGAAACUCCAUUUGCUCCAUAGUUUGAUCAUUCGUUCACUGCUAUUUUGUUUUUGGUUUGCUUGUCUGUUUUACCAAUUACUAUAAAUUGAACCCCCCCCCCAAAAAAAAUGGAGUUUGUUUCUGGGUUUAAACGUUACAUGUUGAAGCCUGAUAGUAAAGUUCAGAAUCUCAAGGAUCAAAUUGCGAAUCUGAGAUACCAAAGAGACAUGGUGCAGCAUUUCAUUGUUGUUGCCAAGGAAAAGGGACAAGAGUUUGACCAAUAUGGCAUGAUUUGGGUGAAUCGCGCAGAGGAGAAAAUCAAGGAAGAGGAAGAGACAGUGAAAAACCUUGAAGCGCAAGCAAAGAAGAGGUGUUUCCUUGGCCUGUGUCCUAAUUUGAAGUCUCUUAACUUGCUCAACAAGAAAGCUGAAGAGGAUGCACAAGCUGUUCUGGAGCUCAUUCAACAAGCAAAAUCUCACAAGUUCAACAAUGAGAGCAAGGUUCAAAACUUGGAAGAUCAACCUGAAGCUGAUAAAAGAAACAUGGAAGUUGAACCGGAGAAGCAAACCAGUGAUAAGGCCAAGACGGUGAUGGAAGUUGAAGCUAAGGUCAGUGGUUCAGCAAAAGCUGACACCACGAAGGCCAAGAGCAAGCGGAUUGAACAACGCCGGUCCGAUAGAGGUUUAUAUCCUGGUGAUACCCAGGAGACAAAGUCUAGGCCUAUUCAAGGCUUUGAGGCUUUCGAAUCGAGGAAAGCUACAGUGGAGAAUAUUGUGGAAGCUUUAAAGGAUCCUGAUCUGAAGAUCAUUGGAGUAAAUGGGAGGCCUGGUGUAGGCAAGACCAUGCUAGUGAAAGAAGCUGCUAGGAGAGCCAGGGAAGAAAACAUGUUUGAUGAGGUUGUGAUGGUAACUGUUUCAUGGAAUCCAAACAUAAAAAGAAUUCAGCGAGAAAUUGCAGAUGCACUAGGCCUGAAACUUGAUGAGGAGACUGUGUUUGCAAGAGCAAUGAGACUGCAGCAGUGGUUGAAGAAACAAGAUAAGAGAGUUCUUCUAAUUUUAGAUGAUAUUUGGGAUGGCCAAAGACUGGAAUUGGAACAAGUUGGGAUUGCUAUUGAAGGUGACCAGAGUAUUGCAAGUGAAGAAGAUCUAGGGCGGCCAUUGAUGCAAAAUAUCAGCGAAAAUGGUUUUCAGAAAUUCUCUGCUGUUAGAUUCAAAAUAUUGCUGACUUCCACAAGUCGACAGGUACUCAUUGAUAUGAAAACGGAAGAAAUUUUCGAUGUCCACGUGUUAACUGAUGAAGAAGCAAUGGGGUGGAUUCAGAAAGUUGUGGGCAAUGCAGCAAACCAGCCUGGUUACCGACAACUACUGACUCAAGUUGUGAAAAACUGUGCAGGUUUUCCGGUUGCUAUUUCAGCAAUUGCAAUUGCACUGAGAACACAAAACUUCAACCAUUUGGUGGAGGCUUUGCGAAAAGAAACAAAGCCAAUUGCAAAAAAGGAAGAAGCGCUCAAAAGUGUUUACUUCACUAUAGAGUGGAGUUACAGUAUGUUAGAGAACCCUCAAUUGCAGUCAUUUUUCCAACUCUGUGCCUUGCUGCCCCGGGGCUCUGACAUUCACGUAUCUGAUUUGCUAAGAUACAACUCGGGCUUGAGAAUAGCAAGUAAUGUUAGCACAUUGGAAGAAGCCAAAAAAUGUUUGAAUAAGCUCAAAGAUGCAGGUUUACUACUCAGCAGUGACAACAAUGAAGUGGUGAAAAUGCAUGACAUUGUUCGUGAUGUCGCCAUUUGGAUUGCAUCUGAAGAAAAGCGGAUGUUUGUUAUAGAGGAUGAAAACCGUAUCGAAGAGCUGCUAAAGGAAAGAAAACUCAACAGUUGCACUGCCAUUUCGCUGCCAUACAAUAGCAAUAACAAGUUGCCAGACAAUCUCGAAUGCCCCAGGCUAAAGUUGCUGGUUUUGUUCAACAAAAAUCCAUCGUUAGAAGUCCCAGACAAUUUCUUUAAGCGGAUGAGUGAACUCUUGAUAUUAGAUUUCACUGGUAUGGAUUUUGCUUCCCUGCCUUCAUCAUUUACUUCUUUAAGAAACCUUCAAAGGUUGCUUUUCGAUGAAUGUAAGUUGAAUGACAUUGCAAUUGUUGGGAAGCUGAAGCAAUUGGAUACACUUAAAAUUCUCAGUUCUGAUAUUCAGAGAUUGCCCCAGGAAAUAGGGGGACUAACAAGGCUUAAGUCCUUAGACUUGAGCAAUUGUUCUAAGCUUAAAGUCAUUCCAGAUAAAAUCAUAUCAGGCUUGCCUUAUUUAGAAGAACUGCUUAUGCGCAACAGCUUCGAUCAAUGGGGUGUUGAAGGCAAUGCCAGCCUUAGUGAAUUGAAGUCUUUGUCUGGUCUAAUUGCUUUGGAUGUCCAUAUUCAUUCUGUUCAACUUAUGCCAGCAGAACUAUUCUCUGAAAAACUGAAUCGGUACAAGAUUCUUAUCGGGGAGGUCUGGGACUGGUCCAGAAAGUAUGAAAAGGAGAGGACACUGAAACUCCAGCUUACUAAGGGAAUUCACUUGGAUCGUGGAAUUAAACUGUUGUUGCAGAAAACUGAAGAUCUAUAUCUAGAUGAAAUGCAAGGCAUCAAGAACCUGCUGUAUGAGUUGGAUGGCACUGGUUUUCCACAGCUCGAGAAUCUCUACAUACAAAAUGGUCCAGAAUUACUGUUCAUUAUUAACUCUAUGGAGGUGGCAUCACGUAAAGCCUUUCCUAUCCUCAAAUCACUAGUUCUUCAGAAUCUGAUUAAUUUGGAGAAGAUUUGUCAAGGCAAACUUGAAGAAGAAUGUUUCAAUAGAUUGCAAAUCAUAAGUGUCGAAUGUUGUGACCGACUCAAGAAUCUUUUUCCAUUCUCCAUGACCAAAAUGCUUGUCCAACUUCAAGAAAUUAAAGUUUCAAAGUGCAAAAGCAUUGAAGAGAUCGUUACUGAAGAGAGAGAGCAAAAUGCUGGUAUAGCAACCAAUAAAACUGAGUUUGGCCAAUUGCGAUCCUUAACACUGAAGCUUCUACCAGAGCUUCGUAGUUUCUGCUCCAAAGAGAAAAGCCGUUCCAUUUAUCAACUGGAACCGGUGAAUACAUGGUCUUGGCUACUUUUUGAUGGAAAGGUUGUGUUUCCUGUCCUUGAGAAACUGCAGUUGUCCUGCAUCAACAUUGAAAGGCUAUGGCUGAAAUCAUCUUACUACAGUCAGAACUUGACAAGCUUGGCAAUUGAGGGUUGUGGUAACCUUAAACACAUUUUUUCACCUUCUAUCACUAGAUGCUUAUUGAGACUCAAAAGCUUUGAGAUAAUUGACUGCAAAUGUAUAAGAGAGAUUAUAGUUCCAGAUGAAGUAAAAGAAAAGGAAAAAGAAACAGAAACAAAAGAAAAAGUAAAAGAAGAAGAAAAAGAAGAGAUUGACAAGAUAUUGUUCCCCCAGCUAAAUUCCUUGAAAAUGAUAAAUCUUGUGAACUUAGUCGGAUUCUGCUCGGAGAGUUGCUUUCUUGAGUUCCCAUCUUUGAAGCUUUUGGAGAUAGAGAAUUGCCCACGGUUGAAGGAGUUUAUGCACAAACCUCAGAGUACAGACAUCACAACUGUCAUUGGAACUCUAGAAAUAAACAAAGAGAAUGAUCAUCAUUUAGGUGAACAAGCUCUCUUUAAUGCAAAGGUUGCAUUUCCAAAGUUGGAGAAAUUGAAGAUCUCCCGUUUGGGAACUGUGAAGAUAUGGCACGGUCAACUCCACACAGAUUCUUUUAGCAAACUAAAAGAAAUGAAGGUUGGAUAUUGUAAUGAUAUAUUGACUAUUUUCCCAUCUAUUAAGGAGUGGAACUUCCAGGGAUUAGAAACACUAAUAGUUUUCAACUGCAAUUCACUACAACAUAUUUUUGAAUCAUCGGACAUCAAAGUAGGCACUCAGCUAAGAAGAUUGUAUAUUUCUCAUCUUCCAAAGCUGGAACAUGUCUGUAAUGAGGAUUCCCAAAGCAAUCUUACCUUUGAAAAUAUACGAAAUGUAUACAUUCAAGACUGUUGGUGUCUGAAAAGUCUUUUUCCAGCAUCAGUGGCAAAAGGUCUUAAACAACUCGUAGAUCUCACAAUUGAUUCUUGUGGAUUGGAAGUGGUUAUUUCAGAGGGGAAAGUACAGAACCAAGAUGUUAAUGAGUUUGAAUUUCCUGAAGUCUGCUCUCUUACACUUCAGAACCUGCCUGAACUGAAAUGCUUUUACCCAGCAGAAUAUGAAGCAAAAUGGCCAAAGUUAAAAAAGUUGAAGACUUAUCAUUGUGGCCAUGAAGUGCUUGGGAUGGAAGAACAUCAGUCCUCAAAUCAAAAGCCACUUUUCUUUUUUGAAAAGGUGAUCCAUGAUUUGGAGGAGUUGUCAUUAAACAGCAAGCACAUUUCAGUAAUACGCAAUCAUCCAUUUCAAGUAGGCAUCUUCAGCCGCAUAAAAGUUCUUCAAGUGCUUGGCUAUCACGACAAACCAGUUGUUUUUCUAUUUAAUCUUCUAGAAAAAUUUAACAAUCUGAAAAAGCUUGAGCUGAUUCAUUGUGAUUUCAAAGGGAACUUCAUUGAUGAAGGAGAUGAAAGUGAAAAGAAAACGGAAAGGGAGACGGUUAGUCUUCUGAACACCGGCUACAUAGGGGAGCAAAACUCACAACUACCCCAUGUUGUCCUAAAUCUUGAAGCUCUUGAAUUUAGGAGAUGUGAUGGUUCGAUCAGUUUGGGACUAUACUUGUCAUCCUUUCAAAAUCUCAUAACUUUGGACCUGUGGCAGUGCAAAGCAACUGCCUUAAUUACAUCUUCAGUAGCUCGGAAUCUGGUGCAGCUGAUAAAAAUGAGGAUUAGAGACUGCAUUAUGGUGAGAGAAAUAGUUGCAAAAGAGAAAGAUGAUGCAAAAGACUUAGUAAGUUUCUGCAAGCUGAAAUUCUUAGUACUUCAUUAUUUACCAAACCUUUCAAGCUUCUGUUCAGAGGAAUACAGCUUUCAGUUCCCAUCUUUGGAACAAGUUAUUGUGAGACAAUGUCCCAAAUUAAAGAUCUUUUGUCAGGGAGUCUUAAGUACCCCGCAGUUACAUAGAGUGAGGCUAUCAGAAAAGGACUAUAAGGGGUUUUGGGCUGGUGAGCUCAAUGCCACCAUAUCUCAGUUGCACAAAAAUACAGUAAGAUAUUAUGAGCAAGAGCAUUUGAAACUUCAUGAGUUUCCUGAGUUGGGGGAAAUCUGGAAUACAGUUCCUCGAGGAAUUAUAGACUUCAAAAGACUCAAAUGUCUGGAAGUGUAUGUCUGUAACAACCUGAGAUACAUGUUAACAGUUUCCAUGGCUGCAGAUCUUGUGCAGCUGCAGCAGAUAAAAGUAAAAAAUUGCAAAGUAAUUGAAGAAAUCAUCAGAGAUGACAAAUCAACUACAAUGAAGAUCAUAUUCCCUCAGCUUAAAACAAUAACUAUCAAGUCUUGUUUGGGCUUGUCAUGGUUUUCCUCAGGAAGUUUUGCAUUGGAAUGUCCAAACUUGAAGGAAAUUACGUUAGUUGGCUGUCCAAAGAUGGUUGCAUUUGCAUCCACUGUUUCAAACGAGCUGCACAAUGAGAUCAUCGGUGGAGAAUAUUUGAAUAUUCUUGUAAAGGAUGCCUCCAAUGUCUCUGCUAAACCCUUGUUCAGUAAUAAGGUGUCAUUACCUUUGUUAAAGGAUUUGACAAUUGUAGACAUGGGGAAUCUGGAAAGGAUAUGGGAUGACCAACUUGAGAUGAACUCCUUCUCCAAAUUAAAACACCUUGAAGUUCAUAGUUGUGUGAAACUAUCAAACAUUUUCCCACUUAAUAUGCUGGAAAGACUUCAGAGACUAAAAAAUCUGCAAGUAAUGGAGUGUGCCUCAUUAGAAGAAUUAUUCGAACACAAAUUCAAUGAGGCAGAAAUAAACACCAAGUUUGUAUUUCCUCAAAUGACAUACCUGAACCUUUCUAUGCUACCAAAACUGAAGAGUUUCUACUCUGGGGUGCAUACCACCGAAUGGCCAUUAUUAAAAAAAUUGGAUGUUUAUGGAUGUGACAAAGUGGAGAUAUUUGCUUCAGAAUAUUCAAGCUUCCAUGAAACACGAGGACAGCAUCCCUUAUUUUGGAUCAAUAUGGGCACAUUCCCUUGUUUAGAAGAACUGAGAUUGGAAAGCAAUGGCAACAUGAAAGAGAUAUGGCAUGGACAACUUCCAGAAGGGUAUUUUAAGCUGAAAGUUCUGGAGCUCAUAAAUUCUCCACCACUGACUGUUCUUCCACCUUAUUUCUUUCGAUCACUAUCAAAUCUUCAAAAUUUUGUUCUGAGUGAUGCUUCCAUUAAUGAAAUAUUCCCAUAUGAAGAACCUGGUGGUGACGAAAAGCUGGAAGGGGCACGUGCUCAGUUAAGUGUACUGAGGUUAUCCAAACUCCAUGAACUGACACAUUUUUGGAAGGAGAAUUUUAAGCCUGGAGCAAUUUUCUGUAACAUGAGAGUUCUAGAAGUGCAGGAUUGUGGUAAAUUAAACGUUCUAGUGCCAUCCUCGGUGUCUUUCGAGAAUUUGACAACUCUAGAAGUGUCCAGGUGUGAGGGACUUAAACAUUUAUUUGCACACUCCACAGCUAAAAGCCUGGUGCAGCUUAGUAGAAUGAGUGUAACCGAUUGCAAAAUGCUAGAAGAAAUUGUAACAUGCCCAGGUGAUGAAGUGAAGGAAGCCAUUGUUUUCACUCAGCUAAAGUAUUUGGGACUUAGUUGUCUGCCAAACAUAGAGAGCUUUUGCUCAGGAAACUGCACCUUUAAAUUCCCUUCAUUGGAAACUGUAACCAUGAGACAUUGCCCAAAGAUGAAAACUUCGCCUCGGGAAAGGUUUAUUGCACCAAAACUAAAACGGGUGUAUUCAAGAGAAGCUGGAGGUGAAGGCCACUGGGAAGGCGAUCAAAACACCACCAUACAGCUUUUGUUCAUGGAAACGGUUGAAUACCGUGGGAUUGAAUAUGUGGUACUCUCUGAUUCCUCUAAGUUGAUGGAAAUAAGAAACUGGAAUCCACAAGGAAUUUUGGACUUUAAAAACCUUAAGUUUCUGAAAGUUCAUAACUGUAGAAACUUGAGAUGUCCAUUUAACCCUUCCAUGGCCAUGGACCUUGUGCAUCUUGAAAAACUUGAGAUUCAUGAUUGUGAGAUGUUGGAAGAGGUAAUAAUCAGAAAAGGAUUACCAAAAAGAGAAAGGAUGAGCAAGAAAAUGUUCCCUAAACUGGUAACUUUAUUGCUUAUUUCCCUCCCCAAUCUCACAAGAUUUUACUCAGGAAAUUACCUUGAGUUCCCCUUCUUGAAAGAACUUUGGAUUCAGAGUUGCCCUAUGUUGAAUACAUUCAUCUCUGGUUCUGUAACUAGAAACAACUCAAGGCAGAAUAUACAUACUGAUUUGACAGUUUUAAUUGAUGAAAAGGUGGCAUUCCCCUCCUUGGAGAAAUUAGGAAUAAUGGACAUGGGAAGCCUGAGAAAGAUUUAUAAUGACCAAAUUUCUAUGGAUUCAUUCUCCAAACUAAAGGUUCUGAAGCUCAUAGGCUUAUCUAAGCAGUUAGAUAUUCUUCCAUCUGGUUUCUUUCUUUCAUUGUCCAAACUUGAAAGGCUUGUUGUUGAUGAUGCCUCCUUUACAGAAAUAUUUCAGUGUAAAAGCACUGAGAAAAAAAUGCAAGCAUGGGAACUUGAUAGUUUUAGUGAUUUACGGUUGUCUAAACUUCCUGAGUUAUUGCAUCUCUGGAAGGAAGAGUUUGAGUGUCAACCUGGAACACAUUUUCGAAACCUGAGAAGUCUAAAAGUAUUGGAAUGCUCCAAAUUGAAGAAUUUAGUUCCAUCCACAGCGUCUUUCCAAAAUCUGACUACUCUUGAAAUAUCAAGAUGUCACGGACUUAGAAAUCUAGUAACACCCUCAACUGCUAAAAGCAUGGUGCAACUGAAAAGGAUGAGGAUAACAGAUUGCAAAAUGCUAGAAGGAAUUGUAGCAGAUGCAGACGAUAGAAGUAUAUAUAGCAUCAUGUUCAAGCAUCUGGAGUAUCUCAGACUUCAAAGCUUACAGGCGCUUACAAGUUUUUGCUCAGGGAACUAUCGCUUUGAGUUCCCAUCUUUGGUUGAAUUGGUUGCAAUCGAAUGCCCAAAGUUCAGUGUUUUUUGUAAAGGAAAAGUAAGCACACCAUCGCUAAAACGAGUACGUCCAACAGAAGGAGGAGAUAGAUCUUUUACAGAUAAGGACCUUAAUAGCACCAUUAAUGUAUUAUACAGUGAAAAGCAACUACAAGGUAUGGAACUAAGGACAUGAGAUGUAUGAUGGAAUAAAUCAAGAAAAAUGAAAGGCCGUUGACAUAUUCCAAACCGGGGCAAAACAAAAACAAUUGCAAAAGCAUCAUCUAGAUUUUCUUUUUCCUUGGUUGUCUCUUCUCAAAAUUUUUUGCCUUUUGCACUUUUGACCUUUCAUUGUCUCACACUCUUUCUCCCUGCAAACCAGGCUCAAAAUGAUGUGAAAGAGUUGGAGUUUCUUCAGUGGACGAUGUCAGACUUGUGGAGACCUUCAGCUGAGUGAAGGUCAAUGAAUUUUAUCAUCGACUUUGGUGUGGAAGGUUAAUCUUAUCUGGUCUUAGCCCUCAUUCUUUUUUUUUUUUUUUACUUUGCUUGCAUUUUUUUCCUCAACCGAAUGGAACCAAACAUAUGGAUUUGGAACCAUUUUCUGAGAAAUCUAAUUCCUGUAUUCUCUCAUUUCCUUUCAAUUUUUAAUUGUUAAGGCUUCUGUCUGUUUAGCAAAUUAAAUGAUAAAAUUGGCAGAAAA